AUGUCACAGUUCUACGCUCGAUAUAUACCGCCAAGUACGGUCACGAAGACUGCGACCGGACCUGAGGUGAAUGAGCGGAAUGCCAGUCAUACAUCGUCCAAAUCGAAGCACCAGAAUAAGAAGCGCAAGCUAGAAGUCGAUCAUGAUGGGGACGGUAUCCUUGCACGGUACAGUGCGACGGGAAGUUCGCGUCAAACAGGUCAGAAAGGCAAUAUAAAGAACACAAGACUUCGACCUAAGAAGGACAAAGAUGUACAGGUCUUGUCUAAUGGGCAACCAGAAGACCAUUCUGGUGUAGAAAAGAAGUCCUCUGAGCACAAGCGCUUACAGCCUCCCGACUCCAUUGCGACCGUGGAAGACGACGAGGCGACUGUAUCUAAGCAUGUUAAAGUGCUAUCAAGAUUCAAAGACUCCAAAGCAAGAGCAACUAAGGAAAAGACGGAAGCUGUGAACGGGGAAAAGGCUUCUCAAACCAAUGUUCAUCCUGAGCGCCUAGAUAUGGUCCACGAUCUCGAACCGAUCCCUCAACCUAAGCCUACGCCUGUCUCUCAAGCGAAGCAUACAUAUUCUACAGCACCAGAAUGGUUGAGAACCCCUGUUCGCGCCGACCAGAAUAAUCGCGUCAAGUUUGAGGCUUUAGGACUAAACAAGGUGUUACUUCGAAACGUCCAAGCGCAAGGAAAAGAGGAGGCUUUACCAGUGCAGUCUGCAGUGUUACCUCUGCUACUGGACAAAUUUCUGGAACAAAGAAGGGAUCUCUGUGUCGCAGCUGCAACAGGCUCUGGCAAGACACUGGCUUAUGUCUUACCUAUUCUGAACGACCUUCAAUCACGAAAGAUAACACAAUUACGGGCCGUUGUUGUAGUCCCUACUCGAGCUUUGAUCAAGCAGGUGGUACAGACAUUCGAGUCAUGCUCCACAGGCAUCGAUGUCAAGAUAGGCACUGCUGAGGGCAGUAACACGCUUGCGGAGGAACAACGUCAGCUGGUCGAGGAGAAAUUGGUUUACCAUCCCAGAGAGUAUCACAGACAACUACGAGCUCCUGUUGACUGGGCAACUUUCUCAUUGAAGGAUAUCAUUGACCGAGCAAUGAAGAAAGAUCUAUUAGAAAGUGUUGGCUAUGUCACGGAGUACAGGUCCAAGGUCGACAUUCUGGUGUGUACGCCUGGCAGACUUAUCGAGCAUCUCCAAACUACAAAGGGCUUUAACAUGGACGAUGUGCAUUGGUUCGUGGCAGACGAGGCAGAUCGCCUGUUGAACGAAAGUUAUCAUGAAUGGCUUGAUGCCGUCCUGCCUGCUCUGAAGUCCCAGAAGGCGACUGAACAGAGAGAUCAGUUGCUGCGACAUAUGUAUAUGGACGUCCCAGACCGAGUAGUGACCAAGCUCUUACUUUCCGCGACGAUGACAAGCGAUAUAUCACAACUGCUGAGUCUGGAGCUGAGAAAUCCGAAACUAGUGGUGGUUGAGAACACAGUUUCCGAGGAUAAUGUCAUGGGUCUCAAUGAGGAGGCUGAAUAUAAUCUUCCUUCCCAACUGUCAGAAUCUGCGCUUACUUUCAAGGACAGUGAAAACAAGCCAAUAUACCUCGUGGAGUUGCUCAAUCAUCACAUCUUCGACCAGCAGACAGUGCCAACGGCCUCAACUUCCAAAGCACGCGAUAGUCCUCAGGGCAAAGACGAUCUCGGCUCUGCAGAAUCUUCCAGUAGCAGUGACGACGAUUCGAGCUCGACAACAUCUGAUGCAGCAGACGAUGCAAGCAGUGUCUCGUCGCUAUCGAGCUCUUCCUCCGAUUCCAGUACAUCUUCGAUAUCCGACGAUCUCAACCACGAUCCCCUGACCAAGCCUCCACCAAAAAAGUCACGACUCCACCCACAACCACGAGUAUUGAUCUUUACCAAAUCCACCGAAUCAGCGCACAGGCUCUCCCGACUUCUAGCCCUCCUAUUACCAGACCUCUCCUCCACCAUCGCGACAUUCACCCGCUCCUCAUCCUCCUCCACAUCCGAUCGCAAAGCAAACAAAGCCUUCCUUCGCACACGCACAAAAAUCCUACAAUCCUUCACAAAAGGUACGACGCGCAUCCUCGUUUCCACCGACCUAGCAGCUCGAGGUCUGGACAUACCACACCUCGAGCAUGUCAUCAACUACGAUGUCCCCGCCAGCGCUCUCACCUACGUUCACCGCGUCGGCCGAACAGCACGUGCAGGUCUAGCAGGACAAGCAUGGACACUGGUCGAGCACAAACAGGGGAAGUGGUUCUGGGAAACGAUAGGUGGGAAAGGCACGAAACAGGGAGAAAAGAAAAUCAUUGGGAGGGGGAACAGGCAGAUCCAGAAGGUCAAUAUUGUGAUUGACAAGGGGGAGUGGGCAGAUAGAUAUGAGCAGGCACUUGGACAGCUGGGUGAAGAUGUGAGAGGUCAUGUAUAG